UUUGUCAAAUUGUCAACGAUAACAUAAGCCAACAUGUAGUCAACCGAAAAAGGGCCUAAAAUUGAAAUUAUUUCAAAUAAUUCUAAUAUCCCCAUUUUGAAUACAAUGAUUUAACUUUAAGUUUAAUAUAAAUUAAAACUUAUUAAAUAAAUAUGGAAAUUAGUGAUUUGUUAAUUACAACUGCACAAUCAGAUCAACAAUUCUCAGCGUGCUUAUGGGAUUACAAUACAUUGAAUGUACGUAAACAUUACAAAAAUGGAGGUUCUGUAGCCGCAAAAUGCUUUGAAUUAGUAGGAAGAGACUAUUUUUUAGCUUCUAAAUUGGGUAAACCAUUAUUGCAUUUAUGGUUGUUAAACAAUCAAGACAUCGUGAAAAAUUUCAGAUUAAUUCUACCAGAACCAGCAAACUGUUUAGCAGUAUGUCCCGAAAAUACGUAUUUAGCUGUAGGAAUAAAUUGCAAAGUUUAUAUUUGGCAUUUAUCGUCCGGAAAGCUAUUAUCGGUUCAACAGAAACAUUUUCAGCCAAUCACUUGUAUAAAAUUUUCUAAUGAUGGUAAUUUUUUACUCAUUGGUGGACAAGAUGGUUUAUUGAUUAACUACUGUUUGAAUGAUUUGGUAACACUUUCAAGUAAUUUCUCAACCCAAAGUGAAAUGGGGAAAGUUGAGCCUUUGUACAUAAAAAAGGAUCAUUCCAUGGCCAUAAAAGACCUUCACAUAGGUAUUUUUGGAACAAAAUCCCGCUUUUCUACUGUAUCAGUAGAUAAAACUUGCCGUAUUUAUAAUUUACUAGAUGGUGAAAUAUUGCGGAACAUAGUAUUUGAAGAUGGUUUAACAAGUGUAAUAUUUGAUUCUUGGUUUGGUACGCUAUAUGUUGGUACAGAAACUGGUAAUAUAAAAGAAUGUUCCCUAAAAGAAGUUUCAAAAGGUUUAACACAUCAUGUAAACGAAAAAUCUAGUAUUACAUUGAGUGGACACACUUCAAGAAUUGUAUGUUUAGCAUUGAAUACUUCAGAGACUAUAUUAGCUUCAGGAAGCUUGGACAGCUUUGUUUAUUUAUGGGAUGUUCAACUAAGACAAGUUUUAAAACAAAUAAAACACAAUAGUCCAAUAACUAAUGCAAGAUUUGUUAUAAGUUAUGAAAACUUUUUUGCAGAAACCAUUAAACCCGAAGUAAUAAUUCAAAGUUUAGAAAGAACUAUUGACACAUCAAAAGAACUUGUAGUGACAAAAAUGCAAGAUGAAGAUUUAGAAGACGAUGAGGAUGAUUUUAAAUUGAGUCAUGCCCAAAAUAGAAAGGAGUUAAUCGUUGAUAAUAUGAAAUUAAGAGGGGUUAAUAAGCAGUUGUAUGAGACAGCUGUGUUACUUGCAAAAAAGUCGUUGCAAUAAAAGACAUCAAAUAAAUUUUUUUAAAUAUUAAAUCGUUUGUUUUGAUAACAAUUGUAUAGUUCAUUCUUUUCCAUUUUGGAUUUAGUGAGCUUAGCUCUCCUAAAGACAUUACUAUUUGUAUUAUUUCAUUUAGAUUCCAGAUUCAUCUCGUACUGUAAAAUCCAGGUGCAGAUUUUUUCACAAUUGAAAUUGCAAAAAUAUUUUGCAAGGUUAAAUGGUACAAUGCACUCAGACAUUAUGAAAAGCUUAACUUCUUAAAAUCACAAAAGUACCCGCAGAUUCCUAGCAAUUUCCAAUAGAUUAUACAUGGCUUAAUCAGUGAGUACCAAUAUCCUUGGAGAAUGCUUGUUUUUUUUAAGAAAAUUGUAAUUAGUUGAACUAGGAUCUUAAGAAGAUUAAAUAUGUAUAAUGAUUUUUGUUUUUUGGUCAAACCGAAGAAGUUUGUCUCUUUUUUUCUUGGAAAAAAAGUACUGUUUUGUGACAAUGCCUUACAAGCAUUAAAAAUGUUUAUAAUAUUUGAAAAAUUCAGUAUAUUUUGAUUCUCAAAUAGUCCAGAUAUAUAAUAUAUUGAUAACAAAAAAACACUACUUAUAAGAAAAUACAUAAUCACAUCCUGAUACCUCAAGUUUCCUGAUAUGUGUUAUAUAAAAUAAAUCUCAACAUUUUCUAAAGGAUAGACAGGGAAAGAUAAUAACAGAAAAAGAAUCAAAUAAAAAACAUAUAUAAAUACUUUAUUUAGGAAUAAUAUAAAGGACGGAUACAAAUUUUAUAAUGUUUUGAAAGUCUUAUGACAUGGAAGCAUACUAUAUAGUUUAAAAUACUUUCAUCUUGAUGAACAGUAAAACAAAAAUGCAUGCCAAAAUGGUACUUUUAAAAAAUUAUUAAAUUUUGGAAUGAAAUUUA